GGGCGCUUCUCCGCCAGCCCAGGGGGUCUCCUCAGCCCGCGCCAGCUCCACCUUCUCCUGACGGAGGCGGCGGCUCGCCCCCGGGGGCCUUCCCGAGCCGCCUCCCGGGCGCCGGCUUUUAAGGGCUCUUGGCGGCGCCCUGAGGGGGGCUCCUUCUCUCCCUCCGCUUUCUCUCUCCCCAAGUUGCAGCAGCACCUUCUGCUGACCCGAUCAAAAAUGACUGUCAAGGCUACAAGAAUGUCAUGCAUCACUCCAAACAUUUAUGCUAAAGUGCCUGAUGGAGGAUGGGGCUGGAUUGUGGCGUUUGCCUUCUUUUUUGUAGAAGCCCUGACAUACGGCAUCAUCAAGUCAUUUGGAGUCUUCUUUACAGACCUGGUAGAAAGCUUUAACGAAACAAACAGCAGGAUAUCAUGGAUAAUCUCAAUAUGUGUGUUUGUGCUAACUUUCACAGCUCCCCUCUCUACCGUCCUGUGUAAUCGCUUUGGUCACCGUUUGGUUGUGAUGUUCGGCGGGGCAUUGAUCAGUAUCGGAAUGAUUAUAGGUUCCUUUGCACGCACUGUUGUUGACAUGUAUAUUUCAAUUGGCAUAGUUUCAGGCUUGGGAUACUGCCUUACCUUUCUUCCAACCGUCACUAUUCUGUCACAGUACUUUGAUAAAAAGCGUUCGUUAGUCACAGCAGUGGCUUCUACAGGGGAAUGUUUUGCUGUCUUCUCUUUUGCACCAGCUAUCACAGCUUUGAAAGAACACAUUGGUUGGCGAAACAGCCUCCUGUUUGUUGGUGUACUGCAGCUUGGAAUUGUUGCUUGCGGAUCACUGUUGCGACCCAUCAUAAUCAAAGCACAGGAAGAAGUGAAAGCAUUACCAGCAGAAGAGCAGAGAGAGACAAAGUACAUGCUUGAAAACGAGCAGACACGCACCUCAAUAGAGUCCAUUGACUCAGGAGUCGAAGUAACUACCUCACCUAGCAACAAGCAUCAAGAUGCUAAAUUGGAACUGAAAAGUGAAGAAGAACCAAAGGAAAACACAGAGAUGCUCCUAGAAGUUAGUAGCAUCCCUAACGAGGAACCAAAAACUCAACUCCUGGACUUCUCUGUGAUGAAAGACUAUAGCUUUAUUUGCUAUGCACUUUUUGGUUUAUUUGCCACUCUGGGAUUCUUUGCUCCUUCCCUAUACAUAAUCCCUCUCAGUAUGAGCCUCGGCAUCAACAAGGAUCGCUCUGCAUAUAUACUGUCAGCAAUGGCAAUCGCUGAAGUCUUCGGCAGAAUCGGUGCCGGAUGGGUCCUCAACAAAAAGCCUAUCCGAAAAAUUUACAUUGAACUAAUCUGUGUUGUUCUGCUGGACGUUGCCCUCUUUGCUUUCCCUUUUGCUUAUGAGUUUUGGGGGUUAAUGAUGUGUAGCAUCUUCUUCGGGUUCAUGCUUGGAACGGUGGCAGGCACACACAUUCCUAUGUUGGCCGAAGAGGAUGUGGUUGGCAUCGAGAAGAUGUCUUCCGCUGCAGGGGUUUACGUAUUUAUUCAAAGUUUGUCAGGAUUGGCUGGACCACCCCUUGCAGGUGUUCUGGUGGAUACCACGAAGAACUACAGUUCUGCAUUCUACUCCUGCGCUGCCGGCAUGCUGGUGGCCGCCGUGUUCCUUUCUUUGGUGAGGCCUUGCAAGAAAGGGCUGUGUCAAAGUAAGAAGCAACCAGCCAAUGAGAUUGUCUCAGAACCUUUACAAGAGGUACCGGAUGACUUUAUAGAACCGGACCUUGGAAAACACGAGGAUUCUCUAGGAGGCUGUGACAGCAUGGCUUGAAUAGAAAAUACAUGUGUUAGAAGACACACGGGGGCGGGGGGGGGGGGAAGCAAAGUCGGCUCUGAUCUACCUUCUAAAAAACAAGUUAAAGGGAAUGCAAAAUCUUAAAUGUGAACAGAUACGAUCAGUCUUUUCUGAAAGAUCAGUUAUCCUUGCAUAACUUUUGUACAUGCCUGGAAUGCUCAAUUUCAUUAAUUGACCACGCAAAAGCAGUCUUAUCUAGCAUGAAGAUGUGGCUAAAAUUUCUCGUAAGUGAUGGACAACAUACCAAAACAACAACAACACAGUAUCAAAGUUGGGGGGUGGGGGUUAGAAACAAUUACUUUAAGGAAAAUGCAGAUAUUGGCCAUAUAACUAAAAUGGUCAUUUUGCCGCUCUCCUGUUAUGUGCUAGCAUCUCAUACCAGAAAUCUUGCUCUGUCAGACAGAAGCAGAGAUGCAAUUCUGAAUUUUAAAAGUUUUCUUACCAGAUAUUUACUUUUUACAAUGUUAAUUUUAUUAGAGCUAAAGGGGGCUGAACUGAAUAGGAUACUUAGAGAAUUGGAGGGUUUUGUUUUUGAAAAACUCACUUGAAUUUUAUAAAUGCUGGGAAGUCGGAGAGUACCACUUUUUAUUUUUUAUGGCCAGUUGUUAUUGCAGAUACUUCAUUACAUGUUUUUAUUCCAGUUUAAAAGAUGUUAACUUUUAGUCCCUCAUGGUCACCAGACAAAAUCAAUAUGAUUCUAUCGCUUUCUAAUUUAAACUAGUAUUUAUUAAGUUACUCUAAGAGUAUUAGAGAGUGACUCUGGGCAAUUUAAAAAAAAAUCCUCACCACCUUUUUAAUGCCUGUCUUGUAUAUGUAAACAUUUUGAAUUUUUAGAACAGUGAACAUGUUCUUUUUUCAGUUAAAAAUAUAGUUAUGAGGCAUCCUCUGCUUAAAAAAAAAAUACUAGUCUGGGCUGUAGUUUACAAACACCAGGAUUUGUAGUCCCAACUGUUGUCUUGUAUGGUUCUGAGCUUGGCCUCUUGUGGGCCAGUAAAGACUUCAAGCACGCGAGGCUUUAUAUUUAUAGUUACCCCUCUGUAACAGUCAUCACAAAAAUGGUAUCAACCACAGUUUCACACAGUACACUCCUCCGUGUAUUCCCACUGGGCCAAGACCCUUCCGAAGGCCCCGCUGGUGAUCAAAUGGGACCUAAAUGCAUGAAACAGGAGUUGAUUUCUCUUAUGCUUUCCAUCACCACAGCUGCGCUCAUUUCUAUUUGAAUAAAUAAAACAGAGCAAUCACUGUAGCAAAUAGAAAGUAGCAAAGAGGGAGGUGUUUUAAAGUGUAGCCGUUUACAGCAGAACGGGCACAUUUAACAGCUGCCACAGGCUUAACUAGCCUAAAAAAAAUUUAAAGCACCGCCCUGGAGGCUAAUCUCAUUUCCACAAAGGCCAGUACAAAUGUUUACCGCUUGCUUCAGGAGGAGCAGAACUGGGGCUACGUGGCUGGGAUUUUUCUCCAUUUUUCUGUUAAUUAUAUGAAAAGGGAUUUUUUAAAAGAUGGCACCCACUGGCUGUUCACUCGUUUGCAACAGAUAAUUACCAAUGGAGACAUGAGCUUGCUUGCCCCUCUUCCAUGCAUUCUUUUUUUUUGUCACAGGACAACUCAGGGGGACAAAAUAAAGUUUUUAAAAUGUAUGUUUUAGUUCUGAGUACAUGCAGUACAGGUGAAAUGGUUUUUCCAUAUUUCAGUGGGAGUGGCAUUGCAUGCUGACUGUGCUGCUAGAGUUAUCUGUGUAUUACUAGCCAUAGAAAUGAGGGACAAUCUAGUUUCAAUAUAGGCUUUUACCUAAAGCUUCCUCUGCAAGGAGGGUUU